CAAAUCCAUCAAAUCAAAUUUAGCGGCCAUCGCAGCGGCUCAACGCGCUCAAUUCCAUUAACCUGAACUCUUGCACGCGGGAAUCAAACAGCUGUUGGUGAACGAGAAACCAUCUUCCAUAGCUACAGUUCGUACAGUUCGUUCUCGCUGAAUUUGGUGCGACUCUUACCUUUCCCCUGCUGCCAUGUCGAUGCAAUGUUAUGGAACUGAACAACUUCGAACAAUAUGCUUUGUAUUUGUUUAGCUCCAUGCACACAACAUAUGCUGUUCUACGAGCAGUAGUAUGGCCCUCUGAGUUCACAGUUGCUCCGACUACUUCAGUGAAGUAUAUACAUGUAUAUAUAUAAAGCUCUACGUCAUUGAUCUGUGCCUUCAUUCAUGUUGUUUCGAAUGACGAUUUUAUUGACACCGCACGGCUGGGUUACUGUGCACCAAAUAGUUGAAACCGGUUAAACCUGGAAGAUGUUGUUAGGUGUGGACAUACGCGUAUACAUGCAUGCAGUACUGGUAAUAUAAAACUGUACAAAACACUUUAUCAGUGGAACAGAUGGGAAGUCAAUGCUAAGUAUUUUGCUAGCUACAUCAUCGUGCUAGCUAUUGGGCUAGUUAUUGGCUGUACACGGAUUUCAAAACAAAUCAUGACGGCAUCCUCAAUGUGCGACUAUAUUCAACAUUAUGCAGAAACUGCCUUGUUGAAGACUCUGGAAAGUAUUGUUGGUCCUAAGGAUCUUCUUAUAGAGACAUCUCUCAUCAAGUGUAUGGAUAGUAUCGCAAGCAUUACAAAGCUACAGGCUACCGGUGUGGCCAAGAUCUUUAAACUAGAAUCAGCGCUACCACCAAAUUCGUCUAGGAAGUGCGUAUUCAUUGUUAAAAGCAAACUUUCGUCAAUAAAACAGGUGUGCACAGUAUUAUCUAGUAAUGCCCACAAUCGUGAGUUCUACCUCCUAGCGCUCCCACGCUUGACAGCUGUUUGUUCUACCUUGAUUGAAGCAGAAGGCGUUUUUGGGCUAAUUAACCUUAUCUCACUUCCGGUUACGUUGAUUCUCGUGGACGAGGACGUCGCAUCACUUGAAGAAGACUCGUUCUUUAAAGACGUGUUCUUGCACAGUGAUUCAAGUCCACUGACUUCAGUAACCAUGUCACUUUGCCAGAUGGAGGAAUUCGCUAAAAUCCUCCAUGUUACUACAUUAGGGGAACAAAGCCACUCCGUUCGGCGGCAAUGGCGGACGUCACGAUGGAGCCAUGGACCAUCCUCUCAAAAGUUUGUCAUAGACCAGCUGAUCCUGUUUGACAGGGACAUUGAUUUAGCAUCUUUAAUGGCUACCCAAAUGACUUACACAGCCAUUCUUGACGAUCUUUUUGGCAUAGAAAAAGGGAAAUGUAUCAUUCCCAGGACGGUGACUCGAAAAGAGGAGCGGCAAGUGAAGCUGCGCGACCCCUGCGACACGUUUGCGGCAAUUAAAGACAAACACGUGUCGGCAGCGUUCGGCGUUCUCAGUAAUGAGAGCAAAAAGUUGAUUUCCAAGAGCGACGUUAGUACUCCCCAGUCUAUUUCGGCUAUGAAGCACUUUGUUAAUGUUGAAGUAAAAGCUAUAACAAAGCUUCGAAAUUCAUUGGCGCUCCAUAUAAGUGUCUGCGAAGAAAUCUCCCGAAAAAGAGGACAGGACUUCGACGUCGUUCGUGCCGUGGAGCAAAAUCUGUUGCAGGGGGUAGAAAUGAAGCAAUCAAUCGAGAUGAUCAAAGAAUCAAUUUGUAGUGGUAAAUCGUGGGAAGUCUGCCUUCGCCUACUGUGCCUGCUUUCUUUGGCUAAUGACGGAAUUCCUUUAGGACAGUUGAAACCGCUACGCACGGCUUUUCUGCAUCAGUUUGGGUUUCAUUACCUUGGCGUGCUGCAGGCACUAGAAAAGCUAGGGAUCCUGCAUGAGGCUGCGCCGGUUAUUAGCACAGCCCAAAGCAAAAGUGGUUCAAUGAUUAGUAAAAUGGCAUCCAGUGCAAGCUUACUUGGCCUAAAGGAGUCAGCUUUCAUCGUUCGUGCACGUCGCCUAGGCCUGUCGUCGUCGACGGCAUCGGGCGUUGGCGGAAAUGGAGGGCGUACGCAUAGCGCUGGCUUCGUUUUCAAUGACCUCUACGUCCCAUUGGUUGUCAAACUGGUAGAAGCUGCCUACCAAGGAACACUUGACAACUUUGCUAAAAUUAGCGGCGUUGGAUCGCUCUCAACGGAAGAAUUGAGUACUAAACGAUCUUUCGGGGGAACGCCAUCAUCGGGCGAUCUAACUGGUGCCGGAGCUCGACCACGAACAAUUCUCGUGUACUUUAUUGGUGGAGCAACCUUCGGUGAACUUGCGGCACUACGACUGGUGUCAAAACUCCACGGUUUUAAUAUACUUUUUGCAGCCACUAAUGUUUGUGGUGGAACGAGGUUCCUUAAUAAACUUCUCUAG